GCUAGAGAAUUCUGGGAACUCGAGUUCUGGCGUCUGCAGCAAAAGGUUUAGUUUGGCGGGCGGACGUGCUCUCCUCUCGUUUCAAGGAGUUUGACAUCCAGAAACUCUCGGUGCAGUUUGAUAGAAGCUACUGAUGGCGGAUCGAGUGCUUGUGAUUGGCGGUGGAGGCAGAGAGCAUGCCCUGGCUUGGAAGUUAGCACAGUCUCCACAUGUAAAACAAGUGCUAGUCGCUCCAGGAAAUGCAGGAACAGCCAAUAAUGGGAAAAUUUCAAAUUCAGACAUCUCAAUCAGUAAUCAUGCUGCUCUUGUCCAGUUCUGCCAAGACAAUGAAAUUAAACUUGUGGUGGUUGGCCCAGAAGUUCCUCUUGCUGCUGGCAUUGUUGAUGACUUGACAGGAGCUGGGGUGAGAUGUUUUGGUCCUACAGCAAAGGCAGCUCAGCUAGAGUCCAGUAAGAGUUUUUCAAAAGCUUUUCUGGACCGACAUGGUAUCCCAACUGCAAGAUGGAAAGCAUUCACCAAUCCUAAAGAAGCUUGUAAUUUCAUUACCAGUGCGGCCUUCCCUGCCCUGGUUGUAAAAGCUAGUGGUCUGGCUGCUGGGAAAGGAGUAAUUGUAGCUACUAACAAAGAGGGAGCCUGCAAAGCUGUGCAUGAAAUCAUGCAGGAUAAGACUUUUGGAGCAGCUGGAGAAACUGUUGUUGUUGAAGAACUUCUUGUAGGAGAAGAGGUUUCUUGCCUGUGCUUCACUGAUGGCCUCACUGUUGCCCCCAUGCCACCAGCCCAGGAUCACAAACGGUUAAUGGAUGGAGACCAAGGCCCAAACACUGGAGGAAUGGGAGCUUAUUGCCCAGCACCACAGAUUUCCAAAGAUUUGUUCCAAAAAAUCAAAGAGACUAUUCUUCAGAAAACGGUUGAUGGGAUGAAAGAAGAGGGCGUCCCUUAUAUCGGUGUGCUGUAUGCUGGAUUAAUGCUUACCAGUGAUGGGCCUAAGGUUCUAGAGUUUAACUGUAGGUUUGGUGAUCCCGAAUGUCAGGUAAUUCUUCCACUACUGAAGAGUGAUUUGUAUGAAGUUAUACAAGCAACCAUCAAUAGAAAGCUGUCUAGCUCCAUGCCUGUCUGGUCUGAAGACAGUGCAGCUGUGACUGUGGUUAUGGCCAGUGAAGGUUAUCCAGGAAACUAUGCCAAGGGCUUGGAAAUAACAGGAUUUUCUAAGGCUAAAGAACUAGGGUUGGAGGUGUUCCAUGCAGGCACAGCAGUAAAGGAUGGCAAAAUAGUGACUAAUGGUGGAAGAGUCCUUACGGUAACAGCGAUCAAGAAAGAUCUGAUGUCAGCACUGGAAGAAGCCAACAAAGGAGUAGCAGCCAUACAGUUCAAGGGUGCCAUUUACAGAAAGGACAUUGGUUAUCGGGCUAUAGCUUUCCUCAGACAUUCCAGAGGCCUGACUUACAAAAACAGUGGGGUAGACAUCGCAGCUGGCAAUACCUUGGUUCAGAAAAUUAAACCCUUAGCGGCAGCCACCUCAAGACCAGGCUGCAAUGCAGAGCUUGGAGGAUUUGCUGGUCUCUUUCACUUGAAAGCAGCUGGUUACAAAGAUCCUAUUUUGGUGUCUGGAACUGAUGGUGUUGGAACAAAACUCAAGAUUGCACAGAUGUGUAAGAAACAUGACACCAUUGGCCAGGACUUGGUUGCCAUGUGUGUCAAUGACAUCCUGGCUCAAGGAGCAGAGCCCCUUUUCUUCCUCGAUUAUUUUGCCUGUGGGAAACUUGAUGUUGGAGUGGCUCAAGCAGUCAUUGCAGGAAUAACUGAAGCGUGUAAAAAGGCAGGAUGCGCUCUCUUGGGAGGAGAGACUGCUGAAAUGCCUGGCAUGUAUCUGCCUGGGGAGUACGACCUCGCUGGAUUUGCAGUUGGUGCCGUGGAACGAGAACAGAUGCUCCCCCAACUGGAGAGAGUUGCUGAUGGGGAUGUUGUCAUUGGAAUAGCUUCCUCUGGAGUUCACAGCAAUGGCUUUAGCCUUGUAAGGAAGAUUGUAAAAAACUCAACUUUAGAUUUCACUUCUCCUUCAGUUGGUGGCUGUGGUGACCAGACAUUAGGAGAACUACUGUUAACCCCAACUAAAAUCUACAGUAAAACUUUGUUGCCUGUCCUUCGUUCAGGGCAUGUUAAGGCUUAUGCCCACAUCACUGGAGGGGGUCUGUUGGAAAAUAUCCCCAGAGUUCUGCCAGAAUCAUUUGGCGUGGUUUUAGAUGCUCACAGUUGGCGGAUACCUGAGAUUUUCUCCUGGCUCCAAAAAGAGGGGAACCUCUCGGAAGAGGAGAUGGCCCGUACAUUUAAUUGUGGGAUCGGCGCGGUCUUGGUGGUGGAGAAGCAGCUGGCUCAGCAGGUUCUGAAGGAUGUACAGAGGCAUGAGGAAGCUUGGCGGAUAGGGAAAGUCAUCUCCCAACACAGAGAAUCUGCCCGUGUUGAAGUCAAUAAUCUGCUUCAAGCCUUGCAAGCAAACAGUUUACAGUUUUUCCACAACUGUAUCCAAGACAAAACUCAGACAAGCAAAGUGAAGGUGGCUGUUCUCAUCUCUGGAACAGGCACAAACCUUGAAGCCCUAAUAACUAGCACAAAAAAGCCAACUAGCUAUGCACAGAUAGUUCUUGUCAUUUCUAACAAGUCCGGUGUGGAAGGGUUAAGAAGAGCGGAAAGAGCUGGCAUUCCUACAAAAGUAAUUGACCAUAAACUGUAUGGAAGUCGCAUAGAAUUUGAUAAUGCAGUUGAUAAAGUCCUUGAAGAAUUCUCAGUUGAACUUAUCUGUCUUGCAGGAUUUAUGAGGAUUUUGUCUGGUCCCUUUGUCAAAAAGUGGGAUGGAAAAAUUCUGAAUAUACAUCCAUCUUUACUACCUUCUUUUAAGGGAGCAAAUGCCCAUAAAUUGGUGUUAGAAGCUGGAGUCCGAGUCACUGGCUGUACUGUGCACUUUGUAGCUGAGGAAGUUGAUGCGGGAGCUAUAGUUUUUCAAGAGGCAGUUCCUGUAAAGAUUGGAGACACAGAGGAGACCUUGUCAGAAAGAGUAAAAGAAGCGGAGCACAGAGCCUUCCCUGCUGCUUUGCAACUGGUAGCCAGUAAAGCAGUGUGCCUAGGAGAAAAUGGCAAGAUCUGCUGGAAUUUAGAACAGCAGAAUUGAGAAGGCUCCUGGACAUAGUAGUGGAACCACCGUAUUCAGAGGACAGAACAUAGCAACUGCACAGUUACUUUUAUGCUGCUUUUAUAAAGUGCAUUUUAGUGUAACAUUUCCCAUGGCAUUCCAGCAGGAUCUGCAAAUUCUCUCAAGUGCUACUGCUCCAAACAAGAGACAAGAAACCCAAAAAUGGGAAGGGAGGGGACUUAAUUUUUUAAAAAUGCUGUGAUGCUAUAGAUCUCACUAUCAGCUACCAUCACUAAUUAUGAUCGCUUUUUCCACUGGCCUCUCAGUUCACCUUUUAACAGUACUUUGACUCUGCAUUUGGCAGUCUAGACUAGCAUAGCCAAAGAAUCAAAGAUUUAAGCAUCUCUGGGUUUCCU